GCCGGGCCCCGGCCCAUUUUAGCAGCUAUACUCCCAGCGCCGCUCGGCCGCCGGCGACCACGAGCGCGUCCCCGACGAGGCCGUCGCCUCCGACUCCGGCGCUCCCUUCCCUUCCCUUCCGACGCGCGCGACGCCUUCUCCGGGGAGAAAAUAUGGAUUACCUCAAGACGGUGGUUCCAUCACAGCUGAUGGCCGAGCGCGGCGCCAACCUCGUCGUCAUCAACCCAGGAUCUUCAAAUGUGCGCAUUGGGUUCGCAAGUCAGGAUGUUCCAUUCAAUAUACCGCACUGCAUUGCUCGACAUAUCACUCAGCAGAAGGAUGAUACACCAAGGCUUUCUGUGCGAGACAAGAUGCUCAACUGCCAUGCAACUCCAUCGCAGAAUGCAGAGCGGGAGAGGGCAUAUGAUAUUAUUGCAUCGCUGCUCAAAAUACCCUUUUUGGAUGAAGACAUGCCUUCAGCGAACCAGGCGUUACCUCCUAAGAUGGGACGUGUUGAUGCCCUUUCUUCACAGCAAAACAAAGAUGAUAGUAAAUUCACAUGGACAGAUGUAAUGGACAGAAGUAUUAAAUCAUCUACACCAAUUGAAAGGCCAGUUGACAAGGAUGCUGACGUGGAUCCCCUGCAAAGAUCAACUCCUGACGAUACUGAGCCUAAUUCUGAAGAAAACAUGUAUAAAGAAAUAAUAUUUGGAGAGGAUGCUUUGAAAAUCCCACCUUCUGAGUCAUACUGUCUGAGUCACCCGAUCAGGAGAGGCCAUUUCAAUAUUUCUCAGGAUUAUUCAUUACAUCAGGUUUUAGAAGAUUUGCGCACUAUUUGGAACUGGAUAUUGACAGAAAAAUUGCAUAUAAAUCCAAGAGAUCGGCAUCUGUAUUCUGCAAUUCUUGUUCUAGGAGAGACAUUUGAUAACCGAGAAAUCAAGGAAAUGUUGUCAAUCGUACUUUGCGAUUUGGGUUUUAGCACAGCAGUGAUACAUCAGGAAGCUCUAGCUGCAGCAUUUGGAAAUGGCUUGUCGACAUCUUGUGUGGUCAACAUUGGCGCGCAAGUUACACAAGUAGUUUGUGUUGAGGAUGGUGUUGCUUUACCCCACACAGCCCUGGCGCUUCCAUACGGUGGAGAUGACAUAUCUAGAUGCCUUCUUUGGGUUCAACGUCGUCAUUGCACAUGGCCAAACUUCCAAACUGAUCCAGUGAACAAGCCUAUAGAUAUGCUAAUGCUCAACAAACUAAAAGAGUCAUACAGCCAGAUAAGAAGUGGAAGUUUUGAUGCUGUCAGUGUUGUUCAUUCAUAUGAGCAUGAAAAAUCAGUUGGUCAUCAGAAAACAAAGCUAUCGGCUCUGAAUGUACCUCCUAUGGGGCUACUUUAUCCAAGGGUUCUUGUCCCAGAAGAAUACCCUCCACCUCCUCGAUCUUGGUUCCAAGAUUAUGAUGACAUGUUAGAAGAUACAUGGCAAACAAGUGACAGUCUUUACUCAAGUGGGAAUGGUGGGUUCGGUAUGUGGGACAAUUAUCCGAUGUUUCCCACCAGAUUAAAAAAGUUUGAUAACAUCGGUCUUGUAGAAGCCAUUGUUAGUAGUAUCCUUUCGACAGGACGUAUUGAGCUUCAAAGGAAGCUAUUCUGCAGCAUUCAGCUGGUUGGUGGUACAGCUUCAACAGCAGGCCUUGCACCAGUUCUAGAACAAAGGGUUCUCAAUACUAUUCCAUCAAAUCAACCGAUAGAGAAAGCAGAGGUAUUACAGUCGAGGAGUUAUCCAUUAUUUGUCCCAUGGAAAGGUGGUGUGAUUUUGGGCGUACUUGAUAUUGGUCGUGAUGCUUGGAUACAUAGAGAAGAUUGGGCUAAAAAUGGUGUCCACAUAGGGAGUGGGAGAAAAUAUAGGGAUUCUUAUUUUCUUCAGGCACAGGCAAUGUGUUACUACAAUUCAUAACAGGAACAUCCUUGACAGCUUUCCACGACUGUUUAGCAAAACGAGUUACUGAAGGUUGAGGGGCAGCACCGGUCAGCUUCAAGAAAAUCUAGGUCCAAACUUGCUGAGAGAAGACGCAUGAGACAAGGAUGUGCUCGAUGGUUUCAUCCUCUUGAUCACAUAGUGGGCAGGUUGUCAGGUGCACUAGUCCGUGUUUGGCAAGACAGUCCGCUAGUAUACAGCUUAAACGCUAAGCUAUAUAAUUCAUUUUCUAAACAUGGUAUACAGUGCCAAUUUUAAAUCAUUUAUCUUAACUAAUUAAAAUAUUCUUAAUUUUCCUUUCGUCACCUAAUUUUCGUCCGUAUGCGCAAUUUUUUUCACUCGUCUGUGUGCGAUCCUCUCCCAAAAUUUUGGUUCAUCAGUCCGUGAGAUUGAGACCGCGUCGCUCCCGUCCGGUACGCGCAUACAGGAGAUCAAAUCCGAUCCGAGCCAAGAAGCAUGGAAACGAGAGAAACUGAAUCACAAAAUCACAAAUCCAACAACAAUGAAUCAAAAUCAUCCCAAAAAAUUAAAUCACAAGAAUUAAAUCACCGGGGCCACUGCGUAUCCGAGGCCAAGCAUGCCGCUGCCCUCAGGCCGUCAUGGCUUGUCUGCGCGCUGCCGUGUGCCACGAGGAGGGUGCACUCACAGAUUCACAGCCGAUUCAUCAAAAUUCACCGAUUCAUCACAGAUUCAAUCACAAGGAAGGGGAAAAUCAAAAGGAGGAAAAAACUGCAAAAAAAAAUCUCUUAAAACAUUCAUCACAAAAAGGAAAUCACAAGGAGGGGGAUGGAGGAGCGUGCUCCUCACCGCCACCCGCAACCACGCUCGUCGCCAGGGAAGGGGGCCGCCACAACGAGGAGGACGGGGUGGACCUGGUGGCCGACCGGAGCGCCUCCCCCCUCCGAUCGUCCCACCAUCUCCAUCUUCACCUCCCGCUCAGAGCUGCUCCCACUGCUCACCGACGCCACUGUUCGCUGCUCGCAAAGGACAUGACGCCACCGCCGCUCCUGUUGCCUGUUGCUCGUGGAGGACGAGGACACCGCACCUGUUUCUCGCCAACGCCAUCGCUGCUGUUGCUGGCUUGCUGCUCGCCAAGGCCGAGGACGCCAUCGCUCCUGCGUGUUGUGAGAAGGGAGAAAGGAUAGAAGAAAGAAUGGCUGUGGAGUGUGGAUGGUAGGAGAUAAGGUAGAGAGAGAAUAGAGAAGGGGUAAGAGAGAUAAGAGUUUUUUUUUGACACGUGGUAGGGAGGAGCUGAGAUAAUAAAGCAGGAGUUGUGUUGGUGGAUAGACUUGAGAUAAUUUUUGCUUGGCUCCUGUUCUUGUUUUCUGUACCGAUUAUUUUUUACAACCGGAAUCAAUGUUUAUCUCAUACUCUUAUCAGUCCGUUAACUUGAAUUGCACAUGGGGAAGAAAGAAGAGCGAGGAUAGAAGAAAAUGGAACUGACAUGUGAGUCCCACGUCUGGGGUCUGACGGAAAACUCGACGGAGUGGCACAAUUCUAAUUUCCCCAAAUUCCAGUGGCAUACAGCCGAUAUCAUGAAUAGUAGUGACAUUUAUCUAAAAUGACA